UCAUAAUUCUUGCUCUUGGAGUUCUGUAGCCAUGGCGGCCUUCGAACUACUCCUCUCCCAAGCUCGCCGCCAUUGUAACAGAUUUCCUCCGUCUCAAAUCUCUCUACUCUUCCGGUUUUCUUCAUCUCUACAGCCUUGUCACGCUGAUGAUUUGGGAUCUAGUAUAUUUCCUUUACUGUCAUAUAAACCCUCAAUCUUCUACCGUUCUACCUCCACUUAUAGAUCCUCAUUUCUAGGAUAUCAUAGGUCGUUUUGCUCGUCUUCUUCAUCUGAAUCACCGUCGGACACCAGAACCGAUGAAAAUGUCAAAAGUCCUACUCAAUCUGCAACCAUUAAAGCAGUUUCUUACGCUGUGAAACCUAAGGAUCCAUCUUCAACCGCGGAAGAACUUCCCCAACAACCUCAAGCGCCAUUUCCUCGAAGACAGAGAGAGACGGGAAGAGUUGCGUUCCGGUCACCAGAGAACGUCUCUGAACAGGGGACGACAACUUUGGAGCCCCGGAAUUGGACGCGUGAAGACAUUCGAUACGUAAAGGAUAUUCCAUCCAUAUCACCGGUAUCUUAUCCAUCGCGAGUUGCGCCUCUUCCCGAGGACCGGGUGACUGUUUCCAGCGAAGAAGCGCCAAAGGAAGAAAUAACGAAGGAAGAGGAUAAGAAGGAGAGUGAGGAGUUGGAGCAAGAGAGGAAGAGGAUAGAAGCCGAUGUUCGAUUACGACGGUUUUUUAGGGUAGAAGAGGAGAAGGUCCCUUUUCCGACACUAAUCAAGGUAGAGAAAAAGAAGCAGAAGGUUGUUCUUGAUUUGCAGGAGGCAAUUAGGGAAGUCAAGGCUAGUGCCAAGCGGAAUUUUGUUGAAACUAUUGAAGCACAUGUAAAAUUGAGUGUUGAUCCACGUCGUGGUGAUCAGAUGGUGCGAGGUGCUGCAACUCUGCCUCAUGGUACUGGCAAGACUGUCAGGGUGGCAGUAUUCGCUGAAGGGACAGCUGCAGAUGAAGCUCGAGAUGCAGGAGCAGAUAUAAUUGGAGGGGAUGAACUUAUUGAAGAGAUCAGGAAAGGAGGUGGCAAGCUGAACUUUGACAAGUGUAUUGCAACUCCUCUUUUCAUGCCCCGUCUUGGAAAGAUAGCACGGAUUCUUGGGCCACGUGGCCUGAUGCCAAACCCCAAACUAGGUUCUGUGACCAGUGAUGUUGCUGGGGCUGUACGAGAUGCAAAACGUGGUCGGGUAGAUUUUAAAAUUGAUAAAACUGCCAUUGUUCAUGUUGGCCUUGGGAAGGUAAAUUUUUCAGAGGAGGCUCUACGCGAAAAUGUUGGUGCAUUUGUGAAUGCACUCUUGCUUGCAAAGCCUGUUGGCUUAAAGAAGACUUCCAAGUAUGCUGGUUAUGUGAACUCCUUCACUUUGUGCAGCACGAUGGGUCCAGGAUUCCCAGUUUCAAUACAGUCAUUAUCGAUAGCUGCAGAUAACUACAGCAAAUUGCAAGUGAAAUAAUACCUUCGGGUUCCAAUGCAGCAGAGACAGGUUUAAGUCGAAACCCUUUCUUGUUCAUGAAGAAUUCACCCCUAGUUUCUAUUUUUCACAGAUUGUUUAAUUUAUGGCUACUCAAGAAAGCAAAGGUUUUCUUUUUCCUUUUUGUGGAAUUGUUAAUAAAUUGUUAUAAAUGUUGUUUAGUGGAUUGUAAAAGAGUACCUUUAUAAUUUCUUUA